AUGGAUGAUUCUCAUAGUGACAGUAGCACCACCGUCGACACGGCGAAAGCCGAGAGAUCGGUGUGGUUGAUGAAGUGUCCGCCGGUAGUCUCCAAGGCAUGGCAGUCUGCCGCCGCCUCCGCCGACUCGCCGCCGGUGGCCAAAGUCGUUGUCUCACUCGAUCUCCUUAGCUCCGAAGAACCCUCAGACCUUCAAUUUGCCAUGGAGAUGGCUAGCAGUGAGGUUGUGAAUGUUCCUAAAAGUUACUCUCUCAAUAUGUCCAAGGAUAUCGUUCCCAUGUGUAUUUUCUCUGAAGCUGAUCAAGGAGGGGUUGCAGUGGAAGGGAAAGUUGAACAUAAAUUUGACAUGAAGCCCCAUCAUGCAAAUAUUGACGAGUAUAGGAAAUUGUGUCGUGAAAGGACAAGCAAAGCCAUGAUCAAGAAUAGACAAAUACAGGUGAUCGAUAAUGAUCGUGGAGUACACAUGAGGCCUAUGCCUGGAAUGCUGGGCAUGACUACGUCCACUUCCAAGGAUAAGAAGAAAAUAGCUCCGGUUAAGGGACCCGAUGUGAAAAGAACUAGAAGGGACCGUGGGGAGUUGGAAGAUAUCAUGUUUAAGCUUUUCGAAAGGCAACCUAAUUGGACCUUGAAGCAGCUAGUCCAAGAGACUGAUCAACCUGCGCAAUUUUUGAAAGAGAUAUUGAAUGAGCUAUGCGUUUAUAAUAAAAGGGGAACUAAUCAAGGAACGUACGAGCUCAAGCCAGAAUAUAAGAAAACCGUUGAGGAUACAGGUGCUGAAUAA